AUGGACAUCCAACGUAUCAUUGAAGGGAUAAGAUCUAACGAUGCAGAAGAAAAUACGAUGAUGAUUAAGAGCAUUUAUGAGCAUUAUGGAUUGCUUGAAUACGAUGUCAUUGAACAGAUAGUACCAUCGAUCAUCUACUAUCUAUGGAAGCUUCCCAAGUUUACAGAGCAGAAGCGAUUUGUGAUGGAUCUUCUGCAACACACAGACCAUAGAAUGAGGAAGCUUGUUUUCAAAUACGUUCUUGAUAAAUGGGAAGAGAUACAGCUCGUGCGGAUGGAUAAGUUCUACUUCCUAUUGAAGAGGCUUUUGGAGUAUUAUCCAUUGAACAAAGAAACUAUCAAGGAGUUAUUUGAUGUCACGCCCAACGUAAGCCUGAAGGCAUAUAUAGUUAGAUGCAUUAUUGAAAGAUUGAACGAUACAGGAAAGUGCCUUGAUGAGGAAGUGGAGGAGUUUCUGGCAAUGUUUGUUUCGAAGUGUGCACCUGCACUGCUUUUUUCCACUAAAUCACUAAAGUUCAGAAAGGAUAUAGUUAUGAAGUAUGCAAAGAGUAAGGAGGUUGCAAAGAAAAACAGAGCAGCAUUAUACUCAAUGAUUAAAUAA